CAUUUAAAUCAAGAACUCCGCCACCGCCACAGACGUUUAAACCAAAUCUAGUAACUUACAGUGCUGCCACUCGGGGAGGGGACGUCUAUAAAAGCCAACUCCGAUCGCCGCCAUUACAUUUCAGAUCAACGCAUCGAAGAGAGCCAGUCGUGUUUUCUAGUUAGUUGUUAAAAGUUUUUUAUAUAAAUCAAUAUGAGGGAAAUCGUUCACAUCCAAGCCGGUCAAUGCGGUAACCAAAUUGGAGCAAAAUUCUGGGAAAUCAUCUCCGAUGAACACGGUAUCGACCCCACCGGAGCCUACCACGGAGACUCCGACCUUCAACUCGAAAGAAUAAACGUCUAUUACAAUGAGGCUUCAGGUGGUAAAUACGUACCCAGAGCCAUCCUGGUCGAUCUGGAACCCGGUACCAUGGACUCCGUACGAUCGGGUCCAUUCGGUCAAAUUUUCCGACCAGACAACUUCGUCUUCGGUCAAUCCGGAGCGGGUAACAACUGGGCGAAAGGACAUUACACAGAAGGAGCUGAAUUAGUCGAUUCAGUUUUGGAUGUAGUAAGGAAAGAAGCCGAAUCAUGCGAUUGUUUACAAGGUUUCCAAUUGACGCAUUCGCUUGGAGGCGGUACCGGAUCCGGUAUGGGUACUUUAUUAAUUUCUAAAAUCCGUGAAGAAUACCCCGACAGAAUAAUGAACACAUACUCAGUAGUACCAUCGCCGAAAGUAUCAGACACAGUAGUAGAACCUUACAAUGCCACCCUCUCAGUACAUCAACUGGUCGAAAACACAGAUGAAACAUAUUGUAUCGAUAACGAAGCUCUCUACGACAUUUGCUUUAGGACUUUGAAACUGACCACCCCGACUUACGGAGACUUGAACCAUUUAGUAUCGCUCACAAUGUCAGGAGUCACCACCUGUCUCAGGUUCCCUGGUCAAUUGAACGCCGAUCUUAGGAAACUAGCUGUCAACAUGGUACCCUUCCCACGUCUUCACUUCUUCAUGCCCGGUUUCGCGCCACUUACGUCUAGAGGCAGCCAGCAAUACAGGGCGUUGACAGUUCCAGAGCUCACACAGCAAAUGUUCGAUGCUAAAAACAUGAUGGCGGCUUGCGAUCCAAGGCACGGAAGGUAUCUGACCGUUGCCGCGGUGUUCCGAGGUAGGAUGUCUAUGAAGGAAGUCGACGAACAAAUGCUUAACAUCCAGAACAAGAACAGCAGCUACUUCGUAGAAUGGAUCCCCAACAACGUCAAGACCGCCGUUUGUGAUAUACCACCAAGAGGUCUAAAAAUGUCAGCCACGUUCAUCGGCAACUCUACCGCCAUCCAAGAGUUGUUCAAACGUAUCUCAGAACAAUUCACCGCUAUGUUCAGAAGGAAAGCUUUCUUGCAUUGGUACACUGGAGAAGGUAUGGACGAAAUGGAAUUCACAGAAGCUGAAUCCAACAUGAAUGACUUGGUUUCCGAAUACCAACAAUACCAGGAAGCCACCGCAGACGAAGAUGCAGAAUUCGACGAAGACCAAGAAGCCGAAGUUGACGAAAACUAAAAAAUUACAAAAGUUUUUUUUUUUAAAUUAGAUCUGAAAUCGAGCUUUACCUUACACACUUUUCAGUUUUUUUUUUUGUAACGUUAAUUAUUUAAUUAUUAUCCUUUUUUUAUUCGAAGCAUGUGUUUUGUACAGUCUCAACAUUCCCGUUUGUAUUUUUUUGUAAAUUUGGAAACACACAAGUUGGAAAGAAAAAAGAAAAAAAUUAAUUGAAAGACUGACUUUUUGUUUUGCCGGCGUUUGUGGUGUUAACAGGAAGUGUUAGUUUUUAACGUAUUUUUUCGUAUUUGUUUUUUAUUGAGAAAUAAGCAUUAAAACUGCUGCCACUACUUUACUA